GGAGGUCAAAGUUCACUAGUUCGCCUCUCAAAAUGGCGGCUGAGCCCACACGGGAAUGGAGCGAUGAGCAGCUCAAAAGUGAUGAUUUGCCCAAAAAAGACAUAAUAAAGUUCCUGCAGGACAAUGCGACCCACUCGUUCCUCAACGAGCACAAGCUGCUCGGAAACAUCAAAAAUGUUGCCAAAACUGCAAAGAAAGAGCAACUGAUUAUCGCCUACGAUCAGCUCUUCGAGAGCAAAAGGUUUAAAGGCACAGAAGCAGUGGAAGAAGUGACGGAGAAGGUUAAAGCUGUGAAAGUCGAAGAAAAACCCAAAGAAGUCAAGACAGAAGUUGUGGAUGAGGGUCCUCCAAAGUACACCAAAUCAGUGCUGAAAAAAGGCGACAAGACAAACUUCCCAAAGAAGGGCGACACUGUGAGCUGCUGGUACACCGGAACCUUAGAGGAUGGGACUGUCUUUGACACCAAUGUUCCCACAGGGGCGAGAAAGAAGAAACAGGCCAAACCACUCAGCUUCAAAGUUGGCUUGGGCAAAGUCAUCAGAGGAUGGGAUGAGGCCCUACUGACAAUGAGCAAGGGUGAAACUGCUCGAUUGGAGAUUGACCCUGAAUGGGCUUAUGGAAAGAAGGGCGUCCCUGAGUCCAAAAUUCCACCCAACGCAAAGCUGAUUUUCGAGGUGGAGCUGGUGUCUGUGGAUUAGCCCAAAGCAUGCACUACAUUUCAAGAAUUCACACCUAAUUAAUGGCCUUGAGGUAGAGGGGGAUAUCAGCAUGCGUCUUGGAUUGCAAUAUUCCUGGGAUGCCUGUGAUUUAGCAUAGCAUUACACAUAUACCAAUUGGAUUUUAAAAAAAAAAAGUAGUUUGAUUUGGACAACGUGGAAUGGCUUGUUAAUAAUGUACAUAUAAGAGACUGUGAAAUGUUAUCUUUUUGUUCUUUUGCAUGUACAAUGUCAGAAAUAAAUCAUUUUCCCCAAA